AUGGCUGAGGGAUCAACAUAUCAAAACGAACCAACAAUAAUCAAGAAAACUUUCUUAUUCAGUCAAAAAACAAAUAAACGCUUUCGUCUAAAUGGUAUUAAAGAAUCAAGUCAACUCCCGGAAAAAGCCUCUCUACGUAAAGACUUUUCCAAUCAUAUUAUCUAUCAACCAUCACAACUACCACCAAAAGUUGACCUUCGCCCAUGGAUGACAAAAGUUGAAGAUCAAUCAGAUGCCAACAGUUGUACGGCAAAUGCUUUGGCGGGAAUUUAUGAAUACCUAAAUAACAGAGAUACAGGUUCUCAAAUUGAUGUUAGCCGCCUCUUUAUCUAUUACAACAGCCGUGUUAAAGGUCUCGAUGCUGAUGAAACGAUUUCUGAUGAUGGUGCUGCUCUUUGCGAUGCAAUCGAAAGCAUGGAAGAAUUAGGUGUGUGUCCGGAAUCGCAAUGGCCUUAUGAUCUGAAAAACGUAAAUGUCAAACCAUCUCAACAAUGUUACAUUGUAGCCGCAAACUAUACUAUUUCUCAAGCACUGAAACUCAAUAUUGAUAUAAAUGAAAUAAAGAUUUGCAUUGCUCAAGGAUUUCCUGUUAUCAUUAGUCUAAAUUUGUAUACAUCAUUCGACAAAGCAAGUAAUAGCGGAAUUGUUUCUAUGCCGAAAACAAGUGAAACUUCACGAUCAGAUCAUGCACGACACGCUCUUCUGGUAGCUGGUUAUAGUGAUGCAUCGGAAGCAUUCAUCGUACGAAAUUCAUGGGGAGAAGAUUGGGGUGAUAAAGGCUAUUGCUAUAUACCAUAUGACUACAUAGGAAGUGAUAAAUUGUGCAACUCUGCAUGGACUGUGAAAAGGUUAGGUGUUGAUUACAUGGGAAAAGAGGCAUGGCACGUAGAUGAUAAUAUCAAUUAUCGGCAAGGUGCAUACUAUAUCGAUGAAUACGAAGAUGGGGAUGAUGCUAUUAGAAUUGAAGAAAUCGAAGAAGAAGAAGAGUAUUAUUAUCAGAAUCCCGUUACGAACGAUGGUGCUGUCGAUGAUGGCGAUGGUGAAAAUCUCAAGAGUACUGAAGCUGACGAUGAUAACGAUGAUGAUAAGGGUGAAGAUGGUAAGGGUGAUGAUAAGGGCGAAGAUGUUGAGGGUGAUGAUGAUGAUAAGGGUGAUGAUGAUGAUAAGAAGGAUGAUGGUGAAGAUGAUGAUAAGAAGGAUGAUAGUGAAGAUGAUGAUAAGAAGGAUGAUGGUGAAGAUGAUGCUGCUGAUGAUGGUCACGGUGAUGAUGCUGAAGGUAAUGAUGCUGACGAUGGUGAUAAUGAUGGCGGCGAAGGCGAUGGUGCCGAAGAUGAUGGUGAUAACGAAAAUGGUGACGAUGGGGAUGGUAACGAUGAUGGUGAAGGUGAUGGUGACGAUGGGGAUGGUGACGAUGGUGGUGAAGGUGAUGGUGACGAUGCCGAUGGUGACGAUGGUGGUGAAGGUGAUGGUGGCGAUGCCGAUGUAGAUGGUGAUGAUGCCGAUGAGGGUGGUGAUGAUGGCGAAGGUGAUGGUGACGAUGCAGAUGGCGACGAUGAAGAUGAGGGUGGUGACGAUGGAGAUGAGGGUGGUGACGAUGGAGACGAGGAUGGCGAUGAUGGGAACGAGUAG